AUGAUACAGAAGAUUAUUUGGGAAACGAAAUCUACCAAAGCAAAAAAGAAGAGAGUGAAUAAAUUUAAGAGUCAAAAGUCAAAUGAUACUCAAAAAGGCGGAAGGAAAAAUAUCUUCAGAUUCAAAUUAAUGAACGAUCUGCCAGAACCAUUAAAACUCAUAACUCAACUUUAUUACAUCAUCGUAUUGUCUUGUGCAAUAACGAAGACCUACAUCAACCUUCUUCCGACGAAAAAUAAAUCACAAACCCAAAAAAAAGUUCAAAAGCUUUUGGUUUUUGAGUCAGAAAAGGUGGGAAGUUGUUUUCCCGGAUUUCAUGAUGCUAUCGAACGAUUGGCGGUAGAAAGAGUAACAAGAACAACUUUAACUUUUGUUAACAACUUUACGUUCAGGUUAACUACUAAGAAGCUUACUUUAGCUGUUAAUGAUUAUGCUUCAUUCUACCAACCUUGCAGAUGCAAUUUAAUGAAAGACAAUUUCAACAUAAUCAGAAUUAUUAUGACCAUAAGCUGUUCCUUUUCACACUGA